GCAGUAGAUUUCAGAAGGGAUUGGAGGAAAACAAGAGGGGGAGAGAAUGUGACAACUGCCGGCUCUGGCUGCUGCCUUGGGGAGGCCUCCCGCACCUGUCCCUGCCUGUCUCUUGGCCAGCACUGUUGUUGAAUCAGACAAGCAGAGAAACAUUCUUAUUUGCCAGAGCAGAACGGCGUGCAGAAGCAAGAACAUGACUUCUUCAUUCAAGCUGGAUUUUCUUCCUGAUAUGAUGGUCGAUAGCCGUUUGCUAGUUUCUGACAGAAUCUCCCUGGCUUGUUUCACUUCUGAGAUUGAGAGUAACGGCACAACCAACAAGAUGAAUGGAGCUUUGGAUCACUCAGACCAGCCAGACCCAGAUGCCAUUAAGAUGUUUGUUGGUCAGAUCCCACGAUCGUGGUCAGAAAAAGAGCUUAAGGACCUUUUUGAGCCUUAUGGAGCUGUCUAUCAGAUCAAUGUCCUGCGAGAUCGGAGUCAAAACCCACCACAAAGCAAAGGUUGUUGUUUCGUAACGUUUUAUACAAGAAAAGCUGCACUAGAAGCACAGAACGCUUUGCACAAUAUUAAAACUUUACCUGGGAUGCAUCAUCCUAUUCAGAUGAAACCUGCAGACAGUGAAAAGUCAAAUGCUGUGGAAGACAGAAAAUUGUUCAUUGGGAUGGUUUCGAAGAAAUGUAACGAGAACGAUAUCAGGGUGAUGUUCUCUCCAUUUGGUCAGAUAGAAGAAUGUAGAAUUCUGCGGGGACCUGACGGGCUGAGUCGAGCAAGUCAACACUGCUGUGCGUUUGUUACAUUUUCUACAAGGGCAAUGGCACAGAAUGCAAUCAAAGCCAUGCACCAGUCUCAGACCAUGGAGGGCUGUUCUUCACCAAUAGUGGUGAAGUUUGCCGAUACUCAGAAAGAUAAAGAGCAGAGGCGUCUACAGCAGCAGUUAGCACAGCAAAUGCAACAGCUUAAUACUGCCACCUGGGGAAACCUAACCGGGCUUGGAGCACUGACACCACAGUAUUUAGCACUCCUGCAGCAAGCCACCUCCUCCAGUAACCUGGGUGCAUUUAGCGGCAUUCAGCAAAUGGCUGGCAUGAAUGCUUUGCAAUUACAGAAUUUGGCUACUUUAGCAGCUGCAGCAGCCGCAGCCCAAACCUCAGCAACCACCACAAAUGCAAAUCCUCUCUCCACAACGACUAGUGCACUGGGAGCGCUAACAAGUCCGGUGGCUGCAUCAACUGCUAACUCUUCAGCUGGAGCUGCCAUGAAUUCUUUGACAUCUCUGGGCACGUUACAGGGUCUGGCUGGGGCUACUGUUGGACUGAAUAAUAUUAAUGCACUAGCAGGUACCGUAAACAUUGCUCAAAUGCUCUCAGGUAUGGCGGCUUUGAAUGGAGGACUUGGUGCCACAGGCUUGACGAAUGGUACAGCUGGUACAAUGGAUGCCCUCACCCAGGCCUACUCAGGAAUUCAGCAGUACGCAGCGGCGGCACUGCCUACAUUAUACAGUCAGAGUUUGCUACAACAACAGAGUGCUGCGGGCAGCCAGAAAGAAGGCCUCCUUUUUAUUUCCUCUCAAGGCCCUGAAGGAGCAAAUCUAUUUAUUUAUCAUCUUCCUCAAGAGUUUGGAGACCAGGACAUCCUACAGAUGUUUAUGCCUUUUGGAAAUGUUAUCUCUGCUAAAGUAUUUAUUGACAAACAGACCAAUCUGAGCAAGUGCUUUGGUUUUGUUAGCUAUGACAAUCCUGUCUCUGCACAAGCUGCUAUCCAGGCAAUGAAUGGCUUUCAGAUCGGCAUGAAACGCUUGAAAGUUCAGCUGAAACGCUCCAAAAAUGAUAGCAAACCUUACUGAUCCUAACCCCAGAAGAUUUCUGCUCUUAUUUUAGCUUUCAUAGGGUAAGUCCCAUGAGCCAGCCUGUUCUCCACUGGGGGCUGAGGAGGAAAACAUUGCCAACACUCACCGAAAGAGACAUUUAUUUUUACAUUAAACGCUUCCAUUCCCUUCUACCCUAGCCCCCUGAUUGUGCCAUUACUCUGGCUAUAUUUUCUUACCCAGAAUCCAGCAAGUUGUGUAACAAUAUUUUGUUUCAUUUUUCAGUUCCCACUUUUUCUUUGUAUGACACCUUACUAUUUUACAAUAGCUAAAAAAAAACUAUGUGCAAUUAAACUCUACAGCCACUGGUGCCAUCCAACUCCUGAAGAUGAGUAAAGAUUUAAGGACCUGGUUAUGUGAUAGUGACACCAGCAGUUAAGAGCGAUAUGAUUGCCUAGUGUUGCCAAUGAGAGUACUUUUGUAUGCAAGGAUCACUAACAUAUAGGCAGAACAACAGAGUCUUUCCACUGCAUCAAAUUGUUUUUGAAGGUUUGGUUUGAUUUGGGUAGAUUUUCUGAUAAAACUGGUCAUUAUUUCUGUUUUCAUGAUAGAUCAUAACAUACUGCUUUUGUUACUGGUUUAUUUAUUAAUUUAUUUAUGUUAUUAUACAAUGAGUAUGUUUUAAGGCUACAUGUAAAAAAAACGACUUGGAGAUCUGUUUCUAAAGCUACAGGGUUUAAAUAUAACAAAAUGAGUGAAAAUACUUGAUGUUUCUUGAAAGAUAAAUUUAAUAAUAAAGGAAGCCACAGGCCUGUAAAUUUUAUUUGUAAAAAAAACAUUUCUAUUUUUAUACAAAAUUUUUACUGCCUCAGACAUAAUGGGAGUUAUUUAUUGUUAACUUAUUGGAUACCUAAAGAGAAGUUCUCAAUGCUAGCUAGAUACCUUUUAAAAUAGACUCUAGAGUAAAAGAUUGUUUUAAAAAAAAAAGAUACCAUAUUUUCACAUAAUACCCCAUUAUGCACAAUUCACUCUCUUCCUCCUGUAUGUUUUGUUUAUUCAUGUGGUUUACCUGUUUAUCUGUUUGUUAGUUUCCAUUGCCUAGAUAAAGGUUUGUCGUGUGACUUAUAUCUGUUGUGUGGCAUUUGUUCAAGUGGCCUCUUUUACCCUGUGUGCCCCUUCCUUCCCAAAGCAACCCAUCUGCACUAACUCUAACUAGAUGGUCUCUGUUGGGCAGCUUUUUGUAAACUCUCAAAAAUACAUUUGAAGAACAUGCAAAUAUGGAAUGAAAUAUAGCCUUUAGCAACAACGAUCUGCAUAAUAUUUACACUCCUUCACUGGUUAACUCUUUCAGUGCUGGGAAAGCCAGAACUGCAUUACGUGUGAAUGGACUACUGACCGGUUCAGCACUGAAGAGCUUAAAAGUGAUUUUUUUUUAUACUGCUUAGAUUCUGUGUAACUUUAUACUCUUCCUUGUUUUUUUUUCCCUAGAACAUCUCCAUGCCUGUUAGUUCACCGUUUGCCUAGCAUGUCCCUGUGGCGUCUAUAUAAAAAAAAAAAAGUUUCAUCGUCCCGUCAUUGUUUCUGAUGUCUUUCUGACCUCACAUCAUAUUUGGUCCUCCAACUGACUUAGUUUGACUUCUGAAUUUUAUAUGUGAUCUCAUCUAGCUAUGAAUUCUGGAAAAAAAAAAAGUCAAAUGUGAAAAGCAUUGCAGCAUUCACGCAAGACUGAAAUUUACUAUCAGAUAUUAGAGUUAAAAAAAAAAAAAGAAAAAACCUGUGGCAAAAAAAAUAUUUUUUUUUCUUUUUGGUUUCAUGAUACAAACAGACUUGAAAGUAUUAUACAGGGAUUAGCAUUCUGUCUGGUCACUGUUACCUAAAGCAAUAUGUGUCCAGGAAUGCAGAAUGUUGGUUUCUUAAUGAAGCAGACAACUUCCAAAACAGUUUGAGAAAAACUGUCUGAUUUUAAGUCUCUAGAGCUCUGUAAUAGUUUUUACAUUUUUCAGGCAGUGUAAAGUUUUUUGAUAAGGCCAUUUUAGGUGGCUCACUUUCUCAUUAAAUUAUAUAUAUAGAACCACUUUUUUGUAGAUUAGUAUAAGAAAAUAUUUACCCUGUUUCAGGGCAAAUGCUACCUAGUUCUGUCACCUUUUGCUGAACUGACUCACAGUUAGACAAUCCAUGGUUUAAUGCACAUGAAAUUACCUAUAUUUUAUACUGUUUAAUUGUACAGAAGAGAAGGUAACUGUAUACUGUGUCACAUUGGUGCUUCUGUGAAUUUAGUUGUGGCUUCAUUAAGUCUUAAAAGUCUUCAGUGUUCUAUGUUUAACAAGUUGAAAAAACAAAUUGGUUUACUUGAACGAAAAAUACUUUUCAGAACUAAAGUCUGUUUGCUAUGAUUUCAUGUGAAACAAACUAUUCCAGAAAAAAAAAAAAGUUUUGUGUUGGCUUGUAAAGAAUUGAUGUUAUUAUUUUCUAUUGUUGGGAAACUUAGAUGUGUUUGUGUUCAGCAAAAUGUGACCUGGUUUUUUUUCUGUUCAAGAAAAAAAAAUCAGCGAAAAUACAGUGCCAAAUUCCAAAGGUACUUCCUGCCUAAAGCUUCAGUGUAUUUCGUGUACGAAGUAAUUUGAUAACAUGGGUAUUUUAUUAUGUGUUUUGUAUAAAUCCCUUCUAUUUAAAAAGAGAGAGGUUACAAAGUUUGUUAACUUGCUAUCCUGUGGUCUUGUUGCCUGAAAUUGUUAUUGUUUGUUAAUUCUCUUUGAUGUUUUUGGUAAAACAUUGUAUACAGUAAGUGCCCAUGUUACACUUUUUUAAAAACCACUCUGCACAUGAAAAGCUGUGAAAGCAAACCUCACCAUUGUACUUUUUUCAUGGUCUGUGGAAGUCCCUAAGGUGUCAAACGGUUGAACUGCUAUUCCUUUUAAUUAAACGUGCUGUCCUAACGAAUCAGGGUAUUUAAAGCACACGUGGAACUUAUAAGAUGUAUAAAGCACAUGAACACUUACGGAAUUUGUAGAACUACACAAAACUCAUUUUUUUUCUAGCGUCACCACAUAGUCCAAAUUCACACUGUAGAAGCUUAGAACAAAACAUUGAACUGAAAAGUGCCAUAUUUCCUAUUGUGAUUCUGUCAUCAUGGAAAUAACAUAAAUGACAUGGCUCAUGUAAACGUACAGAUCGCAAUGAAAAAGAAACACACAUUCUUAUUUGGUUUUUUAAAUCCCCAGCAGGAACCGAAUGUGUGUCCUAGAGAACUGCUUGUAAAAGUUUGCACUCAGUUAAUAAAGACUUUGUUAUCAUGUUAGUGCCUAAUAUAAAUGAAAUUAAACGCAUUCAGUCCAUUAAAUGCAGUAAAGCAAACUUGUACAAAGUUACUUUUCCCCAUGUACCAUCAUCCGUGUUGAGAAAAUCAGGAUUUAUAUCGUGAUCCUUGCAAGUGUUUACUACUAUAUUCCUGGCUCCAUCCAGAACCAUUUGAGGGCUAUUUUUUUAUUAAAAAGGAAAAAAAAAAGAAAUGAUUAUAAAUAAGAUUUUUUUGUCAUAAAGAUUUAUGUGAGUUUGAUGAACUUGAAAUUUGUAAAAUGUUGCCCCUUUCGAAAUAUAAUUCAUAGCAGAAGUGACAUUUACUAUUCAUGUUAAAAAAUUUUCUAAUAAUAUAUUUAUAAAGCCUUUUCACUGGCUCACGUUUAAUAAAAAAAUACAAGUAAUUCUCGGCAUUAAGCACACAUUACCCCAUUACACAUUGGUACAAGUCAGGGUAUUAAACUUCUCUGUAUCAGAAGAGAUCGAUAGUGUGAGGCUGACUACCAUUUGAUACUUCAGAGGCAUUGACUUAGCAACCAAAUUAAAACCAGUUAAUGUCUUAUGUGCUGGGGGGCAUGUGGCGCACAGAUGCAGCAGGCUUAAUUGAUGCACUUAGCACAUAGAGCCACCCCAUACUUCAUUUGAAAUAAAUGGUGUACCAUGUGCAUUGUGUGCCCUAAAUGCACCAUAAAAGCCAGCUAUAUCUGUGGUAGCACAUUAAAAGGUCCUCUUCAGCACCAAUGUGGUUUCAUACCUGGAUUGCACUGAUAAGACAGUGCUUAAAGGACUAAUAUGUUCAACUUUUUUCACCAUGGGGAUCCUAGUUUUUUUGACUUGUGCAACUCUGAAGUCAUUAACCGUUCUGUUUUUAUUAACUCAAGUGCUAAAUGACAAUAAGGAAAAAUGCUGUAGCUUCAUGACAUUCUGAACUACAUCAUACAAAAGAAAUGUAUUUGUGUUACUUUUUUUGUGCUGUGAGAAUUGUUGUUUGUAGAUUAAAUAAUAAUUCAUUUUGUUUUGAAUUACAAAUAGUUUUUUGAGUAUUGUCUGAGAAAAGCCAAAGUUAAUGCAAUUUUAGUGGAACCUGUAAGUUCAUUUAAGUAUUGUUUCUGUAUUCUGUUUAACUGAUGCAUUUUUGGUUCUAUUGUGUGAUGGAAUAUAAGCCAAAAAAAGAAAAAAAAGAAGAAAAAAACAGGCUUUCCUAUUUCUACAAACUGAUUGUACUUCUGAAUUUUGUACCAGUGCAAAAUUUUAUACUGGAGAUUAAAAAAACUAAAGGAAAAGGUGUGGCUUACUCUUGAGGGCCUGAUUCGGACUGAUUCUGAGUUUGAUUUCUGGUUGAUAAAACAAAAAGUUGGUUUUGCUUUCAACAGUUAAAAACUUUGGCUUGCUUUUUUUUAUUUGCUUAUGUCUAGACUUUAGAAUUAUGUCUAAAACAAAGCGGUAAGUUUCACUUUUUAUUAUGUAUUGUGCAGUUACACAAUAAGGUAAUUAGAGUUAGGCGUACACAGUCACUUUAAGUGGAUAAAUGUAUUAGUAAAACAAAAAAAAAUAGAGGUUUGCUUUUUUGCUGUUUAGAUCAAAGUUUUUCUGAUUCUUCUGUCUUCAUUGUGAACAUAACUGUGUAGUUAAAACAGUCAAACUUAUUUUUGUAAUGUAUGUUAUUGUGUGAUGCAGUUUUUGCUUCUGUCUUCAAUAUUAAACCAUUUUCCUAAUA